AUGGAACCUUCCGAGGUUCGGUCCCAAACCAGCGGGUACGAACAGGCCUUCAUUGAGCAUGAAAGCAAGGGGCGAUACAGUGAUGGAACUAUUAGUGAGUGGAAGGCCGCUCUUAGUGAAGUUCAGGCACUGAAGGGAUGGAAAAUUCAAAGCAUGCCCAACAGAAAGAAUCGAUUGAAUGCACUUAUGGGCAAGCGCGAUUGGCUCGGUGAAGGAAGUAAGGACUUAUCAUCACUAGUAGAAACAAAGAGAAGAGAUCAUCCUUUGGAUGAUUAUCUUGCCCACUCCAAAAAGGCGGUAGGCAUUGCUGGAUGUCUUCCUCUUGCCCUCGAGGUUAUAGGUUCGCUUUUAUUGGCCAAGAAUAAAGAAAAGUGGGAUGCCAAACUGAAAAAGUUGGAAAAAGUUCCUUAUGAGGAAGUCAGCAGUGAGCUGAAGAUAAGUUACAAGGCGCUAAAUGCUCUGCAAAAGCACGUCUUUCUAGAUAUAGCUUGUUUUUUCAUUGGAUGUGACAAAAAAAUUACCAUCUACAUGUGGGAUGACACUUUAUUUUUUCCAGAAGAAGCUUUGGAAGUUCUGCAGUAUAUGUCCUUGAUUAAGAUCAAAGAAGAUAAUACGUUGUCGAUGCAUAAUCUAUUAAGGGGCCUGGGGGCGAGAAAUCAUCCGCCAAGAUGGUAA